AGCGUGAACCUCACAACACGCGCAUUCGCCCGGCUGCUCCUCGACCUGAUCAGCCAAACCUUGCUGGCAGCAGGCGAGCUGCAUUAUGACUCCUGCUUCCUCGGAGGAAUCCUGCAAGCCGGAAUACCAUGACUAGCAUUUAAAGUUCUGAAGAGCUUUGACGGAAUUAGAGAGAGCUAUGGGAAACACUAUGAAAACGUCGAGACCCUCAGCAGAAACAAGUGUGUCGAGCCAAACGGGUCAGGAGAGUGAUUUCCUUGCUGUCCUCUAUGAUUAUCCUUCAGCAGACAUAAGCCAACCCAUAUUUCAUGUAGGAGAAAAACUACGUGUGCUAUCAGAUGAAGGAGGCUGGUGGAGAGUCCAUUCCCUCACAACAGGGCGAGAAAAUUAUAUUCCAGGAAAAUACGUAGCAAAAGUUUACCAUGGCUGGUUGUUUGAAGGGCUGGGGAGAGAAAAAGCAGAGGAACUUCUACAGCUUCCCAACACCAAGGUCGGCUCCUUCAUGAUCAGAGAGAGUGAAACUAGGAAAGGACUAUAUUCACUGUCAGUACGGCACAGCCAAGUGAAACAUUACAGGAUCUUUCGCCUUCCAAAUAACUGGUAUUACAUCUCUCCACGACAAACCUUUCAGUGCCUUGAAGAUCUUGUGAAUCACUACUCAGAAGUUGCUGAYGGUCUCUGCUGUGUCCUUACAACACCUUGUCUCACCCAGUGCACUAACAACCAUGGUAUUACAAGCCAAGUUCCUCCUGUGGUGAUGCGGAACAAAAACUUCAACUGGAGAAGCAUACACAGGCUGGAGAUGACUGAAGAUACCGAAAGCACAUUGGCAGCAAUAGAUGAUUCCUGUCUCAGCUAUGGCCUAAGGGAGAGUAUUGCUUCCUAUCUCUCCUUAGCUGGGGAUGACAACUCUUCUUUUGCAAGUGCCAGAAAGAAGAAAACCCAGUCUCUUAUAUACACAGGAAGCAAACGCAAGAAUACCUUUCACUUGUCACCUACAUACUAUGAAGACUGAACCCAAGAUGAUGAAAAAAGGAAGAAAAAAAAAGAAGUACUGAAGGGUUAGAAAUAACCCAGAGCAUCCUUUGGUCCUGCAGUCACUUGACAGAUGAGAGACACAAGCACCAGUUCAUGACCAACUGCCGGCUACACUUCCACAUUUCCUCUUCUGAAUGUUGACUAGAGACUUCUUACAGGAUCAGCUCCAAYAUAGGCUGGGAAUAGGUCCGGUACACCUGAAAUUCCUGCUUAAUUCAAGAUGAACUGAGAGAGACUCUUAGAUCUAAGAGCAAAUAAGGUGGGGAYAUUUUGGUAAGGAUGAUGUCCACCACCAUAUACAGAAUAUUUUGUUGGGAAGAACUAACUAGAACUUAAGAUUUUAAAUUAAGACUUGCUCUGACAGGGCUGAAAUGCACCUUCACAGCACUUCCCCACACUAAGAAGCACAUGUCAUCAUGUGAGAAUGGAUUCGUGGAAUAUGGAU